GGUACUACAUCGCAUCAGCACGCCAUGGGCGAACAUGUUUCCGAAUUCCUCGGUGACCUUGUAGGCUUUGCAUCUCUUGCGGCGAUUAUGGGCUUCUUCAUGUGGGCCAUCUACAGCUUGCUACGGUCUAUGGAUCGUGAUAGGAUGUGUCCUUGCCUUUCAAAUACUUGUAUCGAUUAUCGUUGAGUACGGCUUCAAGAAGGCCGUGGCAUUCUUGCUUGUAUUCGGCUCCUCCGCGUGGGCCCUUUACAACAUGUAUUUUACAGGAUCGUUGUACGUUUAAUCGUACUUCAGAUCCUGAGUACGGGCUUUUUGACGUUUACAAUGAAAC